AUGCCCAUGGUCGUGAGCGGGUUGGUGGUGGGCUUCUCCACGGCAGGAGUGCUGGUGGACUUUGGCUGCGAGGUCGGGGGCCUCAUACCCAGGACACUCGUCGAUCUUCAGUGCAAGAAGGGGGAGAUCAUCCCCAAGCUUGGCGUGCUAGGCGUCGACACGUCCGAGGGCCUCAUAGUGCUCGAGCCCCUGGUGUACGAGGAGGACGGGUGA